AUGGAAAACUUACCCGCUGAGAUCAUUCUCUAUUGUUGCAAAUUUCUAGAGCCGCAUGAAAUCGUUACACUUCAGCACGUCUGCAGGAAGUUUCUCCUUAUCGCCCGCGACGACGCGUUAUGGCGUCAGCAAUGCUUCGAAAAAUCAUCAUUUGUUGAACGUCUACGCCGAAGAAGAGAAAUUCUUGCCGAUGAUUCCUUUCAGGAGCCUCGCUUUCAGAACCUUGCCCGAGCGUUGGCAAGUGGAAAUGGUUUGGACUCUGGAGAUUCGAGGCUGACUGAGCCACGUCAAGUGGCCCGAGAUUUAAAGGAACAAUCAAACGAGAGAAUCCGUAUAUUGGCAAAUUGGGACCCUAGUUAUCCUGACGAGAAAGUUCGCUGGUACGAUGAGUUUAUAGCUAGGCAUGCGCCCAUCACCACAAAUUGGCUUCAGCAGCCUCGCAAUCUCGAGAGUUCGCAACGUGAACAUCUUGAAAUCAGAGGCAUGGGGCUCUAUACAGAGCCAGGGGACUCAGAAUCCAGUCUGGUGGUUUCGCCAUUGGACGAUGGGAGUGUAUGUCUCUGGAGCCUUGUAGAUCCGAGGGGUCGAAAAGGAAGCAUCAUCGCCAGAAGCAGACCGGGAAUCCUUUUCUCGUCCGAAAUUUCUCAGAAACAAACUCAAGCUCCGAAAUUGAUAACACCAGGCGUUACCGAAUGCGUAAGCGUUGACAGCAUUCGAAAAAUAGCAUAUAUCGCUGUUCAAAAUGAUCUGGUUGAGGUUGAUCUCCAGACACUGUCAUCCGUUGGUCGCGAGACAUUCCCUUUUGCAAUAACCGCUUUAUCAGAGGCAAAGUAUCCUGUCCCGCUAACAGUCGGCACUAAUCUUGCACUUUAUCUUCAUGACCCUCGCACAAGGACAUCAUCAGGCCAUCUAGCAAGCGACAACGAUCGUCUCGAUUCAUAUGCUGCAACAUUUCCUUCUACUAAAAGUACAAAGUCGUCAAGUUUCCGGAAUCUCCUUAAUCCAGAACCGAGUCCUGUUUAUGCACAUCUUUCCGAAACAGGUCCUUUGAGUAUUUUACAUUUACCUAGUUCAGGCAAUGAGUGGGAUGGAAACGGUGAGAUAUAUGUUGCCGGGCGGUUUUCAAGCAUACUUAAUUAUGAUCGGAGAUACUUUCCCAAGUUAAGAGGCACCAUCCACUCUGGAGCAAGGCUCUGUAGCAUGACAUCCUUGCCUUAUCCAUUUGCCUCUAUGGAGAAGGAUCUAGCUCGUCGAGGGGAACUAUCAAUCGAGCAACUCUGGGAGGCCAAGACAAGACCCGGCAAAACCUUGAUUGCAUGUGGCGAGUAUAACAGCAAAGGCUCACUUGAGAUGUACGGGUUAUCGCCCAUCCCACAUUUGACGACUGUAUCUUCCGACGUCAAGGCAGGCGGCCUCCAAAACUCCGUGAUGAAAAAUCGGCAGACAUCUUCGAGCUCCAAGCUUUUGUCAGUCUCCAAUCAUGGGACUCGAAUUGUGAUAUCAGAUGGAAGUGGUAAUCUAAAGUGGCUCGAGAGAGAUGGUUUCACCGAAGCACGGAAGUGGAAUAUUGCACACGAUUCCGUGGAAGCUCCCCAAGGUAUAUUCGGCACCGUUGGCGAUUCCUACAUGAAUUCUGGCUCCGGAGAUAUUGUUAUUAAAAUGUCUAACACAUUACAAAGUGGACAGAGCGACAGGCCGGUUAACGAGGAUAAUUUGCUUCUGUGGACUGGUGAGAAAAUUGGGCUGCUGAAUUUCUCUAGCAAACCAGGAUUCAAUUCGGAAAGCUUCGAAGAGAAGGCACCUCGGACACAGGAAGAGGCCCGAAUCGAGCGUGAGGAACAGACAUACUCUCAAACAAUGCGGCAGGCAUUGGAGAAGAAUGCUGAUGAGGUGAGGUUCAUGAGAGGGCUAGGCCUCGGAAUUAGGGGAAGCCAAUCUUGA